ACGCGCGAGCGGGGGUUCUCCAGCCCCCAGCUGAGGGAGAGGAGCCCGGCCAGAGCGAGCGGCGGCGGCGGCGGGCCCGGUAGGCGGGAGGGAGCCCGGCGGUGUCGCUGCCACCAUGACGUUCAAGCGGAGCCGGGACCGCUUCUACAGCACCCGCUGCUGCGGCUGCUGCCACGUGCGGACCGGCACCAUCAUCCUGGGCACCUGGUACAUGGUGGUGAAUUUGCUGAUGGGCAUCUUGCUGACUGUGGAAGUGACUCAUCCAAACAUAGUGCCAACUGUUGACAUCCAGUAUGAAGUCAUCGGGAACUACUAUGCUUCCGAGAGGAUGGCUGAAAAUGCCUGCGUUCUGUUUGCCAUCUCCCUCCUCAUGUUCACAAUCAGUGCAAUGAUGGUGUAUGGUGCAAUUGCUCAUCGUGUAGGCUGGCUGAUCCCGUUCUUCUGUUACCAGCUCUUUGACUUUGUGCUCAGUUGUCUGGUUGCAAUCAGUUCUCUCACCUACUUGCCCAGAAUCAAGGAUUACCUGGAUCAGUUGCCGGAUUUCCCUUACAAAGAUGACCUUCUUUCGCUGGAUUCCAGCUGUCUCUUGUUUAUUGUUCUGGUAUUCUUUGCUUUAUUUAUCAUUCUAAAGGCGUAUCUAAUCAACUGUGUAUGGAACUGUUAUAAAUACAUCAGCAACAGAAAUUUGCCAGAGAUAGCUGUGUACCCUGCAUUUGAAGCUCCUCCACAGUAUGUUCUGCCAACCUACGAAAUGGCAGUGAAGAUGCCUGAGAAGGAACCUCCACCUCCCUACAUACCUGCCUGAAGCAACUUCUAUGUUAAUUAACAUCUGUACCAGCUUCUUGGGGGUUUUGUCUUUUAAUCUUGCAAAACUGCUUAAGUACUAGAAAUAUUCAGGGCUUUAGGAGCAAACUGUUCUGUUUAAAAUGUUUGAUAUAAACUUACUAAGUAAAACAUCUGGGAGUGAUUUUGUUUGCUUUAAUUUUUGUUCUCCUUAAUGCUCUUAAACAUUUUAUUGCCUGAGGGCUUUAUACUGCAAGAACUUAUUCAUGUGACUAACUUGUGGCUUUUAAUAUCAACUGAGCCAAUAUAUGAUUAAAGUUAGCUACAAAUAUAAGUGUUUGCAGGAUCGUGCCCUUAAUUUAUAUUAAUUUUUUUGUAAAGUAGUUCAUAAAGACAAUCUGAUUGUGCAGCAGAAUGACAGUUUGCCUUUAUACAGUUUUUGGAGGGGGAGGGGUUUGAAUGUGGUAUAUACGUGAAUUUUUUUACUUUGCACUUUUCUCAUAUGUUAUCUUACCUUCCUGUGUUGUUUUUUGUUUAUCCCACGUCCUGAAACAUAGUAUUUUCAGGAAGAAGCGAGGUUGGCACAGGAGUUGUAUUACAAUGUGCUGUGAGUGCAAGAAAAAUAAAUAGAAAUGUAGAUGAUGGUUGCAUGCUUCUAAUCUUAUAUGUAUUUUCUUCUUUGUGAUAAAUGAUACUUAAAUAAAUCUUUUACGAAAUGUUUACCAGUA